AUGGUCGUAAAACGUGCUGCGGACAGUGCGGACUCACCAAUACUGGAGGAGGCCGGCGAGAGCGGCUCGGAACAGAAGCCAAAGCCUCUCAUCAAAUAUGGAGAACUCGUUAUACUCGGUUACAACGGAUACCUCCCAGCCGGAGAGCGAGGUCGACGUCGAAGCAAAUUCGUGCUGUAUCGACGACCGUCUGCGAAUGGUGUGAGGCGGUCGAAACACUAUGUUGUCAAGACUCCUCACAGCAGCAAGGCUAUCCUCGAUGCCAGCCAACACUCAAUAUCCUACACACUCAGCCGCAGCCAAGCGGUUAUCGUCGAAUACACAGAAGACCCGGACACGGAUAUGUUCCAGAUCGGUAGAUCAUCAGAAUCACCGAUAGACUUCGUGGUAAUGGACACAGUGGCUGGUGAUAAAAGUGGCGAUACAAAAGUGCUGCAGAGUACAAUAUCACGGUUCGCUUGCCGCAUCAUAGCAGACCGUAACGACGUCAACAACUGCCGCAUAUACGCAGCCGGUUUUGACUCCUCCAGAAAUAUAUUUUUAGGGGAAAAAGCGACAAAAUGGACAGAGAAUCACGAAAUAGAUGGACUAACGACAAAUGGUGUGUUGAUCAUGCAUCCACGUGGUGACUUCUGUGGCGGUAGCGCCACCUGUGGGCCGUGGCGCGAGACUUCCGUCGGGGGCGCCGUGUUCUCGCUCAGGGAGAGCCGCUCUGCACAACAAAAGGGCCUGCCCUGUCAAGCCGAGACAAAUGUCCUUAGAGAUGGAACGAUGAUAGACUUAUGUGGCGCUACUUUACUAUGGAGGAGCGCUGAAGGACUUAAAAACUCACCGACAAAACGCGAUCUCGAAGCAUUAGUGGACGAGCUGAACGCGGGCCGACCGCAGUGUCCCGUUGGACUGAACACGCUUGUCAUACCACGCAAGCUGUCCACCGCACACCAGGACCUGAACCAGCCUUACGUAUACCUCAACUGCGGACAUGUACAGGGCGAACAUUCGUGGGGUGCAGAAGGUAGCGAGUCAGGAUCUCGACGUUGCCCCAUGUGUCUGACAGCUGGCUCUGUAGUGCGCGUCUGCAUGGGAAUCGAACCUGCUUUCUACGUGGACGCCGGCCCGCCAACCUACGCAUUCAACCCCUGCGGACACAUGGCCUCCGAGAGGACCGUCAAAUACUGGGCUAGCGUGGACAUUCCCCACGGUACAAACGGUUUCCACGCGAUCUGCCCGUUCUGCGCGGCGCCGCUGCAGGGCUCGCCCGGGUACGUGCGCCUCAUCUUCCAGGACAACCUCGACUGA